AGCGUGGUUGGUGAUACAUUAAGUUAAGUAGCAAUAAGAUAACCAUGGCAGGGCUGGUAAAGAUGUACAAUGACCUCAUGGAAAAGGCUGAUCCACGAGUGGACGGAUGGUUUAUGAUGUCAACUCCCUGGCCCAGCCUCAUCAUCUGUGUCGCCUACUUUGUGUUUGUUAAGUUGGGCCCCACCAUUAUGGCCAACAGAGAGCCGUUUGAGUUGAAGAAGAUUCUGAUUGUCUACAAUUUCUGCAUGGUUCUGUUAUCAACCUACUGCUUUGUGGAGUUUCUGCUGGCUGGCUGGCUCAAUGGGUACAGUCUGAGAUGUCAACCUGUUGAUUACUCAGAGAAUGGAUUAAGGAUGCUGAAAGUCUGUUGGAUGUUUUAUUUUUCUAAAUUUAUUGAACUUUUUGACACAGUUUUCUUUGUGAUGAGGAAAAAGUUUAACCAGGCUUCAUUUUUACAUGUUUUUCACCAUGGUAUUAUGCCCUUCUCCUGGUGGUUUGGAGUCAAAUUUGUAGGAGGUGGAUUUGGAACCUUUCACUCUAUGCUGAAUUCCUUUAUACAUCUGGUGAUGUACACCUACUAUGGUAUGGCAGCCCUGGGUCCUCAGUACCAGAAAUAUCUCUGGUGGAAAAAAUACAUGACUUCUAUGCAGAUAACCCAGUUUAUCCUAGUAACGAUCCACUCUAUACAGCUACUGUUUAUUGACUGUGACUAUCCCACACUGUUUGUUUACUGGAUUCUAGCCUAUGCUGUUAUAUUCCUCAUCAUGUUCGCAGACUUCUACCGAAAUGCCUAUAAAAAACCAAAGACAAACGGAACUGUUACCAAUGGAGUUAAAGCCAAAUCUAAUUAACACAUGCUUUAAUUAGAAACAUAACAAUUAUUAUUCUUACCAUAUCCAUUUGUUUAUUUAUAGUAUUUUUGUUAGCAAUGUUUUAUAAGUUAUUUUGAUAUUUCACCCAUUUUAAACAAUAUACCAAUGCAGAAAUCAUUUGUGUUCCAAGAACUUGCGGUGUGAACUCCAUAAUCUGUAUGCAGAAUUAGAAAUACAAACAUUUUUAAGUACACUUUUUGUUCAAGAUUUUCAGACCCUUUAAUUUGAUAAUGGCAAAUCAGUUUUGUAAAAGUUUCUCUGAAAGUGCAGAUACAUAUAUGUAUAAUUAUAUGAUGCUGUUUUUAUAGUUUGUAGAAAACCCAUCAUGUAGACGUAACUUUACCACAUGAAUUCAAAAUUAUUUUACUUUUGCCAUACAAAUAUUUAUGUGUGUUAUAAGAACAACUUUGUAGGUUCAAUACUAUUAUUGAUUGUGAUACAAGUAUUGGAGCUCAGACACACAUUACACCAUAGAUAUACCACCAACUAUUAAACUGUAACCAAUGUGUGUAGCAUAAAUAUAUAGUAUUAGGAAAUGGACCAAUUAGCUACCCCUUUUGUUGAUUGGCCAUGAGAAGAUUGUUAGGGAGAAGUUUUACUGGGAUUAUCUAAGAACCAAUCAGAACUGUUAGAUUUUCUGAUUUUUGAAUGGUUCUCAGUGUACUCUGGAUACUACUGUGAUUAUUUGUUGUUGAAUGAGUGUUCAAGAUUGUAAUCAGGGUAUCAGAGAGGCUUUACCAUGUCUGUUUUUUUUUAUACUUCUAGAAUUUUCAGGGAUUCAUUAUAAGUGUUCCUUCUAAUGUAUUUGUCUGAUUCUUGAUUAAAGCAACUUAUGAAUUAGCUUUUAAUUAUUUUUCUUGAACUUGGAAUUGCUCUGGGAUAAUAUGUCUUUGUUUGUAAAUGUUUCUUUAUGUACAGCCAUAAUACUAACAACAAUUGACAGGUUGUUUUUCCAUAUUGAUUUUAUAUACAGGUCCUUAUUGUGUGGGAAACCAUUGUACCAAUCCAAAGUUAAUUCUGAGGUUGAUAAAACUGUUGUUAUAUGUACUAUUUAUUAAACUGUAAAACUCUUAAGUAAUUUUUGUUUUACAAUAUAAGAACAGGCAUACAAUAUAAUCUCUAUAUUUUUAUCUGAGUUUUGUACAGCUUUGAACAAAGAAAAGUAUAUUAAAAUCGGCAUAAUACUUUUAAAAAAAUAUAUUUUUUUUCUAUUCUGUGUUAAUGCUUGUUGAAGUCUUUAUCAAAAGUAAAAGGGGACUCUUCCUUGUGGGUAAUUGAUCAUCAAUUUUUUAACCUAUGAAAAGAUUCCGAAUUUUAGAGAAGUAGAAGUUCUAGGAGAUGAUUUUUUUGGUAAUCCAGAUAUAUUUUCUUAUUGCUGUGCCAUUUUUAAACUGUAAGCACACUUCAUAUGGCAGAAUUCAUUUGUGUGAUGUUCAGCAAUUACCAUACGUAUUAAAUGAAAAAAAAAUUAAAUUUUGAUAUUGCUGUAGAUUUUGUACUAAAUUUUGCUAUAUAAAGGAAUAUUACAAUUUAUUUAAUAAUGUCAAUGCUUUUUUUGUUUAUACAUUAAAAGAAUCACAUACAAUUCAAGGAAAGAAUGAAUGCACUAUAGUAUGUCAUUUGGAACCUUUUCGGCUAUCCAUUUUAAUCUUUGAAUUACAAUAUAUCGCUAAAUUAUUCUAUGAUUAUUGUGGAUGCAUAUGUUUUUGAUAUUUAUGCCUUGAAUUUUUUUCAUACAUAUUUCUAUAAUUAAAGACAACGUCAUGGAAAAGAA